AUGUCAGGAAGAGGAAAAGGAGGAAAGAGAUUAGGGAAAGGAGGAGCGAAGAGGCAUAGGAAGGUGCUUAGGGAUAACAUCCAAGGUAUCACCAAGCCUGCUAUUCGUCGUCUUGCUCGUCGAGGUGGUGUCAAGCGUAUUAGCGGUUUGAUUUACGAAGAGACAAGAGGAGUUCUCAAGAUCUUCCUCGAGAAUGUUAUCCGCGAUGCUGUUACCUACACCGAGCAUGCUAGGAGGAAGACUGUUACCGCUAUGGAUGUGGUUUAUGCCUUGGAGCGGCAAGGACGCACUCUCUACGGUUUCGGAGGUUAA